AUGAAACCAAACCUUUCUGCAUUCCUAUUAUUUCUUCUCUUUUUCGACCAAUCCCUUUCCGCUAAGGCUGGUUUACUUCCUCCUAAGGGCAUCCCCAACGGAUUCAAGUGGCCCAAGGGAAAUCCAUUCAAGUCAAAAUGGGUGGGUGACAUCUUGGACGCUAUUAUCCAACAAAACCUUCCUGCGCAACCUCCUAACGCACCACCGGUGCAAAUCAAAGGCUUGUCCCGAAUCAAAGACUACUUUUCUAACUUCAGCUACCUCCAAUCUGAACAAAUAGACGAUUAUUUGGACCAGAAAACUGAAUCAGCCAUCAAAAGAUACCAGCAAUAUUUCAAUCUCCAAGUUAACGGCUACCUAACAAACGAGACAUUGCAACUAAUCUCGCGUCCACGAUGUGCUGUCCCCGACAUGAGUUUCGACUACGACUUCACUCAGAACGUGUCGUGGCCCAAAGCCGGUAACCGGUGGUUCCAAAAGAGAAACCUCACGUACGCUUUUCUUCUCGCAAGUCAAAUCCCAGACAACACCACGAAAGUGUUCGGAGAGGCAUUCACGCAGUGGGCGCAUGCCACAGGGUUUUUGAACUUCACGAAGGCAACGACCUACGAUGAUGCGGACAUUAAGAUUGGAUUCUACAAUAUCAGUGCCGUAGUUGACUAUGACGCGUUUGGAGUCAGCUUUAUAAGGGAGAAACCUCCUUCUAACGUGAAGACAGGGGAGAUACAUCUCGAUGGGUCCAUAUACUGGGCUCUGCCCAGUGAAAACGACAGCUUGUCGUGGAAGGAUGGAGUUUUGGACUUGGAGAGUGUGGCCAUGCAUCAGAUAGGGCAUUUACUGGGACUUGAUCACUCUUCCAUGAAUGACUCUGUUAUGUACCCUUAUAUAUUGCCAUCACAGCAACGAAAGGUAGACCUCUCUAAUUCCGACAAGAACAACAUUAUGAAUCAGAAUGCUAACGUCAAUUCUGGCGAUGGUGGGUGUUUGGGAGUGCUUUUAAUGACCAUUAUAUCUCUCGGAUUUACUUAUGUGCUUCUUGGGUAUUAUGUUUCCUCGUACGUCUCGCACUUGCACGUUUGUUUGUGUCGUGGAUUUGUAAGUUGGGUGUAG